AUGGAUUGCGAAACCACUGUUCUUGACAGUGUCGAUGCAGUGCGAGCGUACAUCGAUCAGUGCUUUUCGAAUAGCUCUCUUAAGGAGAAUUAUCGAAAGGUUUUCGAGGAACACAUAGAAAAGACUAGUUCAAAUUCGGCUUGGCUGAACUCUACCCUCGUUGGAUUAACCUUCGUCUACAUCCUCAUGAUGUGUAUCGGCUUUACAGGAAAUAUUCUUGUGAUGAUUGUUAUCAUUUGCAACCGCGCGAUGCGUGUUAGUCCACGGAAUCUAUUCAUUUUCAAUCUGGCAGUUUCAGACCUUAUCCUUUGCAUCGUUACUCAACCUCUCAACCUCUAUCGGAUUCUUUCCACUAGACACGGCUGGCAACUCGGUCUUCUGAUGUGCAAACUCUCCUCCAUGGUCCAGGCAACGAACGUCUACGUUUCCUCAAUGAGCAUCACUGCUAUAGCCUUAGAUAGAUUUCGGCUAAUCAUGAACCCUUCUCGACAGGAUAUUAAUGUUAAGACAGUCUACGUGAUUAUAUGUUUCCUUUGGCUACUGGCGUUUACAUUGUCAACGCCUAUUGGAGUAUUUGCGAGAGUCUCCACCGCCAACGGCCGUCCAACGUGCUCUGAAGCAACGCUGGAUUACAGCAUGCGCAUCACAAAACUCGUUUAUUCCAUCUUAGGCAUGAUCUUGCUCUACGGCACACCCGUUACUCUCGUCAGCAUAGCCUACGCUCAAAUUUGCAUCCUAGUCCACAAGCGAAUCAAGAAAAAACCGCGUCAUUCCCAGCCCUACCCAUUAGGUAGCAAAUCGUUACACGUUCACCGAGAGAACACCGAUUUUUCGGGUGUUCAGGAAAGCUCACCCAAUCGUACCAUGCCCGCAGCACGUGUGUCCGACGUUGGCUCGGUCUGUGUCUACUUCUUGCAAAGGAAGCUCACCGACGAUCCCGCAAACGUGGGAGUCUGUGAAAACCGAAUGUACACCUCACAGCGCCAUCCAAGCAGGCAUCGUAGGACCAGUUUCUUGCUAGCUAGUGUCUCAAUCUUUUUCGCUAUCAGCUGGCUUCCCUUAAAUAUCGUGAAUCUCUUGCUCGAUCUACGGGAGCUUAAUUUUGAGGUGCUCUCCGUCAACCAGUCUACUGGGUGGGAAGACAGGGCCCCGUCUCUGCCAGUUGCAACGCCUUUUGUUCCCCGAGGCCGCUCCGAUGAUUAUCUGAGUCUCCCUGGGGAAACUGUUUUGAUCAUUCAGGCGGUUUGUCUUCUCUUCGUUCUUAUAUCCGCGUGCAUAAAUCCCAUGCUCUAUGGAUGGCUAAAUGAAAACUUUCGGCGCAGAUUCAAACAACUGUUGCGAUGUCCUCAUAAAAGGAGAUAUUUAGUAGAAAGUGAAAAACAAAAGCACAAAACGUGGCAAGUCAGCAAGAAGCGCAGUCCAUAUGCUCUUUGGCCCAAUGCACCACGUCGAAGUCAUUCACUCGACGUUAUCGUCUACAAGUCUUCCAUGCGUCUCAGCGACGGGGCACUGGCUUUCGCCAAAGAGUCCAACUUACCGCGUGGUGUUCUCCUUGAGACCGACAUUGACGCCAAAUGA